UUAAUAGUAAUUUCAUCUGACACAAAAAUAACAUUGAAAUAGUGCAUAAAAUAGCAAAUAAGUUCUUCUUAACACUAUCAAACUGACCAACAGACAGUUUGUGCAAUAGUUUGUGUAAUGAACAGAGGAAAAUUAACAACUUAUACUGCUGCUUUACUGCUUUUAUUUAUUUACUGUAACUACAUCAGGAGAAGCCAUGUGAAAUCUCAUUGUACCUGAGUAUAAUGACAAUAAAUAUCAUUCAGUCAUUCACUCAUCUGUUAAUUUGAUGUCAGACUGUUUUCUGCUUGUUGCAGGACUAUCAAAAAGACAAGCCAGAAGUGAUAAAUAAGAAAAAGUUUUAAUAAUUAGGUGAAAUAACUUCUUGUCAGACAGCUCUCUAUCAGAUUAAAUUCAACAUUUAUCAGCUGAAUGACUGCAGAUAAACAUAAAUAAUAUUAGCACACUGAAAUGUAAAAUUAAACUCAGAGGAUAAACCUGGUCAUGAAAUGAACGGUUGUGACUUUAAGGCUUUACAUCAUCAUCACCAACCACCAAUGAGGGAGGACAUUGAGUUGCUUAGCAACAGAACCCAUACAAACACCAACUGUGCUCUUUGAACACAAGAGAGCUCCUUUCCACAUAUGUUUUUGCCCUACAGGUCAAGCUAGUUGUUUUUAUGUGUUUGAUAUGUGUUUGUAGCUACUUGUUUUGUUGUUGUCAGUCUUCCUGCGAUGGCUGGAAUUAUGAUGUGUGAACCGCUGGAGCUCUAUAAUCUCCUCAACCAGAGCAGCCGUGUGUCCAGGCUGGCAGAGAUCAACUACCUCUGUUUGAUUGAUGCCCGUGAAACUCAAGAUUACAAUGUGAGCCACAUCAUAACAGCUAAAAAUGUCAAGAUGGAUUCAGAAAGCACAUUUUUCCUGCCAGAGGCCGUAGAGGUCGACAGUAUGCAGCAUGUAGUGAUCUAUGACGGCGACACGAGCUGUUUACAGGAGCGAGGCAGAGCAGUCGAAUGUGCCCAGUCUCUGGCUAAAGUCAGCCUCUAUCCAGUCCGCAUAGUGAAAGGAGGCUUUCAGAGGUUUUCAGCUCUGUACCCUUUCUUAAGGACAGAGAAAAUCAUCUACACCAUCUUGGAGCUGGAAAACCUCAAGACUUAUCCAGUGGAGAUCAUAGCAGGACUGCUGUAUAUGGGUGACCAGAAACAAGCCAUGGACUCAACAAAUAUCAACAAAGACCUGAAAAUCAGCGCCGUCAUCAGCAUCUCAGAGAGUAACACUCUGGAGUCCUUAAAAGGGAACCAGAGCAUCCUUAACAUCCCUGUAGCUGACUCAGCAGUGUCUGAUUUAUAUUCAAGUUUUGAAAGGAUUUGUAGUUUUAUUGGUUCAUACAUCAACAUGGGCUCUCGUGUCCUGAUCGUUUCCAGGCAGGGCAGAAGCCGCUGCAGCGCUGUGACCAUAGCUUUUCUCAUGCACCACCUCAAAUACACACUGGAGGAGGCAUGGACGCACAUGCUAAAAUGUAAACCCAGCAUGAGGCCAAACACGGGGUUUCUACAGCAGCUGUCUGACUGGGAGCUUCACACCAGGGGAACAAAAGUGACUGAUAUCUCUGAUCCUCGUUUUUAAUAAACAGCUGAGUAUUUAUUUCAGUGUUAUUAUUUUGUACAGAGAAAGAUAAGCAGUACUGGCAUAAUAAAAGAAAAGUACAUUUGA